AUGUCAAAUUCAAGUUUAAAACGUAAACUAAAUUCAUCAAAUGAAGUUAAUUCAUUAUUAAAUCGUUCUGAAAUCUUAAAUAAUAAAUUAUCUCAUCGUCCUGAACGUCAUCAAUUAGUUGAACAAAGAAUCUUACUUGAUUCACAUUGUGCACCAAGUCUUCAAAAUGCUGAAUAUGCUCUUAAACGUGCACGUUUAGCAGAUGAAUUAAAUAAUCGUCUUUUAAAUCGUCCAGGUCCUUUAGAUUUAAUUCAACAUAAUAUUCUUCAUAUUGAUACAAAUGAACAUCCUGAUUUAGAAGAAGCUAUUCAAGGUGGUCAAAUUCCAUUUAAAGCAACAUCGUCGUAUCAUCGUCCACUUAUAUUUCAUGAAUAUACAGGUUCACCAUCAUUAUGUAAACCAAAAGUUACAAAAGUUGAUUCACUUUCAUCAACAUCGAAUACUCAUCAUAUACGAUUAGCACAACAACAACUUUUACUUGAAUUAACAUCAAAUAAACAAAAUGAACAAGAAAUUUUGUUACCUAAAAAAUCUCUUGAACAAAUGACAUUAGUUGAACUUAAAGAAUUAUGUAAAAAAUAUCAAAUUCCAUCAUCACAUACAAAUAAAACAAAAUUAAUUGAAAGAAUUAAACAAGUACAAAACAAAAUUAAUAAACAAGAAGUGUUAACAUUAGAAAAUAAUUCCAAUGAAUUUUCAAAUACUGAUCUAAAUCCCUCAUUGCAAAUCUCCAAUAUAAAUGAUGAAGAAAUCGAAUUAUUUUCCACAUCUGAAUUAGAUGAAAUUCUUAAAUCAUUUCCUAUGAAUUUUAUAAAUCGAGGAGAAGAAGAUCAAAAUAAUAUUGAUAUACAAAACUUAUUAAUUGAUCCUCAAAUAAUCAAUAAUGAUGAUUUAUUUGUUGAAAUGUUACUUAAUAAUGAUUAUUCAUCAACAUCAACUUCAGAUGAUUUAUUUUUUUCGGAUAUUUUACCAAUAAAUUCUUCACCAUUACCACGAAUAACAAGUAUUGAUGAAUUCGAUGCAUUUUUACGUGAUUUUACUUAUAAUUCUUCAUCAAAACAACAACAACAACAACAACAAGAAGUUUUACCACCAAUCAGUUAA